AAGUACAGAAAACAGAGAAGGAGAGGGACAGAGGCACAGAGGACUUCUCACGCAGACAGAGACCAUCCAGACAUGGAGUUCCCCCUCAUCCCCCACCUGUUCUUGCCUCUGAUGUUCCUGACAGGUCUCUGCUCCCCCUUUAACCUGGACGUGCAUCACCCACGCCUAUUUCCAGGGCCACCGGAGGCUGAAUUUGGAUACAGUGUCUUACAACAUGUUGGGGGUGGACGCCGAUGGAUGUUGGUGGGUGCCCCCUGGGAUGGGCCUUCAGGUGACCGAAGGGGGGAUGUUUAUCGCUGCCCUGUAGGGGGCUCCCACAAUGCCCCAUGUGCCAAGGGCCACUUGGGUGACUACCCACUGGGAAAUUCAUCUUGUCCUGCUGUGAAUAUGCACCUGGGGAUGUCUCUACUGGAGACAGUUGGUGAUGGGGGAUUCAUGGCUUGUGCCCCUCUCUGGUCUCGUGCUUGUGGCUCAUCUGUCUUCAGUUCUGGGAUAUGUGCCCGUGUAGAUGCUUCGUUCCGGCCCCAGGGAAGUCUGGCACCCACUGUACAACGCUGCCCCACAUACAUGGAUGUCGUCAUUGUGUUGGAUGGCUCCAACAGCAUCUACCCCUGGUCUGAAGUUCAGACCUUCCUGCGAAGACUAGUAGGGAGAUUAUUUAUUGACCCGGAGCAGAUACAGGUGGGACUGGUACAGUAUGGGGAGAGCUCUGUACAUGAGUGGUCCCUGGGAGAUUUCCGAACCAAAGAAGAAGUGGUGAGAGCAGCAAGGAACCUGAGUCGGCGGGAGGGACGAGAAACAAAGACUGCUCAAGCAAUAAUGAUGGCCUGCACAGAAGGAUUCAGUCAGUCCCAUGGGGGCCGACCAGAGGCUGCCAGGCUACUGGUGGUUGUCACUGAUGGAGAGUCACAUGAUGGAGAGGAACUUCCUACAGCACUAAAGGCCUGCGAAGCUGGAAGAGUGACACGCUAUGGGAUUGCGUUGGCUGUGUCCUGUACAGCUCUACCGUCUCACAGCACACAGCUAGCAGACCCCACCUUUAUCUCCUGGCCCCAGGUCCUUGGUCACUACCUCCGGCGGCAGCGAGACCCCAGUUCUUUCCUGCGGGAAAUCAGAGCUAUUGCCAGUGAUCCAGACGAGAGAUUCUUCUUCAAUGUCACAGAUGAAGCAGCACUGACUGACAUUGUGGAUGCAUUAGGGGACCGGAUUUUUGGCCUUGAGGGGUCCCACGGAGAAAAUGAAAGCUCCUUUGGGUUGGAAAUGUCUCAGAUUGGUUUCUCUACUCAUCGGCUAAAGGAUGGGAUUCUCUUCGGGAUGGUAGGGGCUUAUGACUGGGGGGGCUCAGUGUUAUGGCUUGAAGAAGGUCGCCGCCUCUUCCCGCCACGGACGGCCCUGGAAGAUGAGUUCCCCCCUGCAUUGCAGAACCAUGCAGCCUACCUGGGUUACUCUGUUUCCUCCAUGCUUUUGCGGGGUGGACGCCGCCUCUUUCUCUCAGGAGCUCCUCGGUUUAGACAUCGAGGAAAGGUCAUCGCCUUCCAGCUUAAGAAAGAUGGGGCUGUGAGGGUCGCCCAGAGCCUCCAGGGGGAGCAGAUUGGCUCGUACUUUGGCAGUGAGCUCUGCCCAUUGGAUACGGAUGGGGAUGGAACAACUGACGUCUUGCUUGUGGCUGCCCCCAUGUUCCUGGGGCCCCAGAACAAGGAGACAGGACGUGUUUAUGUGUAUCUGGUGGGCCAGCAGUCCUUGCUGACACUCCAGGGAACACUUCAGCCAGAACCCCCGCAGGAUGCUCGGUUUGGCUUUGCCAUGGCUGCCCUUCCUGAUCUGAACCAAGAUGGUUUUGCUGAUGUGGCUAUGGGAGCGCCCCUGGAGGAUGGGCACCGUGGAGCACUGUACCUCUAUCACGGGACCCAGAGUGGAGUCAAGCCCUGUCCUGCCCAGCGGAUUGCUGCUGUCUCCAUGCCACAGGCCCUCAGCUACUUUGGCCGAAGUGUGGAUGGCCGGUUAGAUCUGGAUGGAGAUGACCUGGUAGAUGUCGCUGUGGGUGCCCAAGGGGCAGCCAUCCUGCUCAGCUCCCGGCCCAUUGUCCACCUGGCCCCUUCACUGGAUGUGACCCCGCCGGCCAUCAGUGUGGUUCAGAGGGACUGCAAGCGACGCAGCCAGGAGGCAGCCUGCCUAUCCGCAGCCCUUUGCUUCCAAGUGACCUCCCGCACUCCCGGCCGCUGGGAUCGCCAAUUCCAUGUGCGGUUCACAGCAUCGCUGGAUGAGUGGACAGCUGGGGCCCGUGCAGCGUUUGACGGCUCUGGCCAGAGGCUGUCCCCUCGGCGGCUCCGGCUCAGUGUGGGGACUAUCACUUGUGAGCCACUGCACUUCCAUGUGCUGGAUACAUCAGAUUACCUCCGGCCAGUGGCCUUGACUGUGACCUUUGCUUUGGACAACACCACAAAGCCAGGGCCUGUGCUGGAUGAGGGCUCACCCACCUCCAUACGAAAGCUGGUCCCCUUCUCGAAGGACUGUGGCCCUGACAAUGAAUGUGUCACAGAUCUGGUACUUCGAGCUAAUAUGGACAUCAGAGGCUCCAGGAAGGACCCAUUCGUGGUUCGAGGUGGUCGGAGGAAAGUGCUGGUGUCAGCAACUCUGAAGAACAGGAAGGAAAAUGCCUACAACACUAGCCUGAGUCUCAGCUUCUCCAGAAACCUUCACCUAUCCAGUUUUACUCCUCAGGGGGACGGCCCAGUGAAGGUGGAGUGUGCAGCCCCUUCCCCUCAUGCCCGCCUCUGCAGCGUGGGGCAUCCUGUCUUCCAGGCUGGAGCCAAGGUGACCUUUCUGCUAGAGUUUGAGUUUAGCUGCUCCUUCCUCCUGAGCCAGGUCCUUGUGAGGCUGACUGCCACCAGCAAUAGCCUGGAGAGAAAUGGCACGCUUCAUGAUAACACAGCCCAGACCUCAGCCUACAUCCAGUAUGAGCCUCACCUCCUAUUCUCUAGUGAGUCCACUCUGCACCGCUAUGAGGUUCACCCAUAUGGGACCCUCCCAGUGGGCCCUGGCCCUGAAUUCAAAACCACUCUUAGGGUUCAGAACCUUGGCUGCUAUGUGGUCAGUGGCCUCAUCAUCUCAGCCCUCCUUCCAGCUGUGGCCCAUGGGGGCAAUUACUUCCUGUCACUGUCUCAAGUCAUCACUAACAAUGCAAGCUGCACAGUGCAGAACCUGACUGAGCCCCCAGAGCCCCCUGUGCAUCCAGAGGAGCUUCAGCACACAAGCUGGCUGAAUGGGAACAAUUCCCGGUGUCAGGUCAUGAGGUGCCACCUUGGACGACUGGCAAAGGGGACUGAGGUCUCUGUUGGACUACUGAGGCUGGUUCACAAUGAAUUUUUCCGAAGGGCCAAAUUCAAGUCUCUGACAGUGGUCAGCACCUUCGAGCUGGGAACUGAGGAGGGCAGUGUCCUACAGCUGACUGAAGCCUCCCGUUGGAGUGAGAGCCUCCUGGAGGUGAUUCAGUCCCGCCCUGUCCUCAUCUCCCUGUGGAUCCUCAUUGGCAGUGCCCUGGGAGGGCUGCUUCUGCUUGCUCUCCUUGUCUUCUGCCUUUGGAAGCUUGGCUUCUUUGCCCGUAAGAAAAUCCCCGAGGAAGAAAAAAGAGAAGAGAAAUUGGAGCAAUGAAUGUAGAAUAAAGCCCUAGAAAGUCCUCCCUGGCAGCUUCUCCAAAAGACUUGCAUAACAGCAGAGGUUUGGGGGCUCAGAUGGGACAAGAAGAAGCCUCUGGACUAUCUCCCCAGACCUGCAGCCUGACUUGACCUUUGAGUCAUGAGGAUGCUGCUGGCAAGAGAUGAGGCCUUACCUCAGACGAGAAGGGCUGGCACUAAACACUCCUACCCUGUGCUUCCCUCCUUACCAUCCUGGUUCCAGAGCCAACACUGGGGCCUUAGUGUAGGGCCCUUUUUUCCCCAUCCCCAGGAAUCAAGAAUUUUUUGCCUAGGUCCCUGACUUCUUUCAGUUUCCCUCUACAUCCUCCCUCACAAUUUGGAAAGAACGAGGGUUAUCUUCCUCCAUUUCCCACCUCUCACCUUCCUGCCUUCUCCCCACUCCACAGGAGAGAGCUGACGUUGGCUUGAACGAAGUAAAGUCAACAUCUGCUGCUUUCCUGUGGAGUCUGGUGAUUCAGAGGGCCGGAUGGGGAGAGUCAACAGGAAAAAAGGAGGGAGGAGGAAAAGCCACAAGAGACAUUCUGUACAAUUCCAAGGAACAGAGAAGCCUUUAGACAGGCAACUGCCAUCCCCCUGAAACCUGAGACUUUGGUGGUGCACUCGCCCGCCCUCAGGUGCUGGUGAAACGGAGCUGCCCCAGGCCUGCUGGGUAAGGGUUUCCCAACUCUCCAGCCUUCCCUGGGAGCAAAGCCAGAGCUGGGUGCCCGAUUCUCUGGAGCCAGGGGCCCCCACGUGGCUAGAGCUGGAAUAACAGAGAAGACUGGAUACCCUAGGCAGUCUUCUCUCUCAGGCCUCACACACUCAUGAGCCCUCCUUGGAGCCUCCUUAUAGAAACUAGAGAGAAGGGAGUUGAUGGUGGGAAACGCUUUCACCUUACUAGAUUUGGGAAGCAGCAGCUCCAUGGGGUCUGAAUUAAGGAAGAAGCUGAAGUAGGUGGCAAGAGGUCUCUGGGAAGGAAGCCCUUACUUACUUGGCACUGUUUAUGUAGCACAAAUAGCUCCUAGGAAAAGUUUCUGGGGCAUCUCCAGUCAUACCUUGUAGGGCUUCUCUGGUACAAUCAGUUGGACAGCCCUUGCUUGAUGUUUACUGGAAAUUCUCAAGUUAGUUUCUAUCUCUGGACCACCCCACCACCUGCCUCCCAUUUUUUGGUCAUGGCCAGUAAAGAGAAUUGGUUUCUCAUUGACAACUGGGUAACACUGUUCUCUGUAAUCAAGACUUUGGACACCAAAGUUAGUUACUGGUCUCCAGAGGGCAGCUCUGACAGCCAUUUAAAGAAUUAGCACCCAUUUAGAGCUGAGAAGAGAGGGGACCCGAUUGGGCAGUUGACUAGCCGCCACAGACUCUGUCCUCCAGGGCUGUUCUUGAGAUCUGGUCACAGUGUUUAUUUUGGCAUGUCUCUGGCCUUUUGCAGACAACAUUGUCUCUGUUUCCUAGCAGGGUAGACAGUAUAUCAGAUGGUCAGAACAAAUAAAAGUUCAGUGUCAAAUGACUUCUGGCUCUAUUUGAGUUCCCUGGGAUAUAGACUGUUCACAAAGGGUGAGAGGUGGAGUCUCGGUUUACCUUGAGACCUUAUACAAUUGAGUCCCUGGAAGGCAAGGUUAUGAAGUAUUUG